AUGACAACUGAUCUCAACAAAGUGCAAAUCAUUGGCCGUCUUGGACAAGACCCGGAAGCCAAUCAAACCAACGGCGGGAAGUCAGUCGUGAACUGUUCUUUCGCAACUAACUACACCCACAAGGAUGCGGAUGGCAACAAGAUCGAGCAGACCGAUUGGCACCGUGUGGUUUUCUAUUCCGGGUUGGCCGACGUGGUCAGCAAGUACAUGAAGACGGGGAGUCGUGCGUACGUCGAGGGCCGUCUGAAACACGGCAAGUUUACGGACAAAGACGGCAUUGAACGGUACACCACCGAGAUUGUCGCGUCUGAUCUGCGAAUGCUUGACGGCAAGGCCGCUUAG